AUGAGGGCCGAAAUCAGUGAGUUGGAAGGCUACACUGAAACUGAGAUUUCGCCCAUGUUGACCAUCAGUAAGGCUGGAACACAGCGCCCGAAGCACAAAUUCACAGAUUUAGAUGAAAAGGGAAUCAUUUUGCGACCCGCUACAUUUAAUACAUUUAAAAAGUCAGGAAAGAAAGCGAAAAAGGCGUACUUCGACCAUUUUGAAAGUUUUAUUUGAAGAGAAAUUUUCGUUCGGAAGUGUGUCGAAAAUAUUUAGAAAACUUGAACUUCGGAUAAAAAUCCCUAUAAAAAAAUGAAAAUUAUGCGUGAAUCAGAAAUCAUUUUUGAGAAAAAGUUCAAAAAAAUUAUAUAAGAACAGAAAAAUCGUAUAAUCUGGAUUGAAAAAAAAAAAAUGAAAAUGAGAAAAAAAAGUUGAAACUGAAAUAAAAUGAAAGAGGCUCUGAAAGGAGAGCAGAAAAGACCUUUUUCCGUCCAUUUAGGAGCUUUUUACGAAGCUCCUUCUCACGAUCCUCCGAGAGGCUUUUUGGUUUUGUUGAUGCUCAGAAAAUUUUCAAAAUAGCUUUUUCGCGACUUCACUUCUAGAGUUAUCAUCAGAUGGAACACAGUUGACUUGGCGCGUCGAUGGACUGCCGCCUCUCCAAAUAAAAGUCGGAUCUCGUGGAUUCUUCGACGGCUUCAUCGUUGCUAUCAACGGUUGGGUGAUUCUGAUGUUCUUUUUGCAGAACGCCAUUUUGGAAACGCGGUAUGGUUUGAUCGAAUAAAAAGGUUUUCAGAUUGGUCGCGAGCUAGUGUCACGUAUGAAGUCACGGCUUUGGGUCGAAUCUCCAAGGAACUUGCCUCCAAUCGUCUAGAUUCGCUGGUACACGCCGAGGAAGGCACGUUGGCCGCGAUGCGACUCUGGCUGGGCGACGGCGACGACGUCUGGGUGCGCGUCUUCGUCCAAAAGCGCGUUGACGUCCGAUCCGUCAAGGUGAACUUAUGUUUUUUUUAUUUGGAAAUCAGAAUUUGCAGGUGUUCCUAGUGGACAUGGCGGUCUCCAAAACAGUUCCUGUUCGCGAUCUUCGUUCCCUCCCACAAGAAUUAUCCUUCACUCCGCGUUCGCUUUUUUUGUUCUUGUCUUGGAAAUCAAAUUGUUCAGCUACCGCUUUUCCUGUCCGAAUUUCUACUGAACAGAAGUUUCCCGUUUACGACAACUCUGCUUUUGGAAUAUUUCGCAACGCUCGCGUCUCUCUCCAGUUGGGUAAGACCACAACCGCAGAUGUGGGCAUAAUGAAAAAGGGCCUAUUUCUCGAGGUUACAAGAUGCGUUACGUCACAUAAAGUACACACGCCUUCAUUUUUUUUUUCAACGAAAAACCUAUCCUGACUACCGUAAUAUGGCCGGUCGCCUCAAAAAGGCGUGCCUUAGCUCAAGAAUUGAAACCCAAGAUUGGAAUUAUGGCGGAGUCCCGGCUCUGCUUUCAGGCACUCCUAAUCAUUAUCAUUCAGAAGUGAUAGAUGGCAUCGUGGUGGGCCGUGGCUGGACCCUGUAUCGCAGCCACGGAAGUUCGGACAUCGACAUGAUGGAGGCGGCCGAACGGCGAGUGGCUCUUGAGAAAGGCAAUUCUCUGGGGCUGAAGCUUUUUGAUCAACGAAGCCUUGACUCUUCCUAUAAUUUCUCCAGUUUGCCUAUCAACGGAACUACUUCUGUAAUUCCUGGUGAUUCGAACGCCCAGAGCGCGGUUUUUCUCCUCGGAAUCAUCAGCUUCAUAUUUCUCUUGAGCGGUUGCAUUAUGUAUAUUUUGUCAUGGAUGACACUGAAGUUCGUUUGAAAUUGAAUUUUCGUUUUACUCUGAGAAUUCAGAGAAGCUGAAGAAAAUUCGAAUAAAUCUCAGCGAAUGGGAGCUUCGGGAGACGCCAAGAACCCGAUAGAAGCCGAAGAGAGCUUCGGAACGGUGACCGAGAUCUCAAAGCAGCCCAUCAAUGAUCCAUGUCCCUUCGAUUCUCAAACUUUUGCCAAGGUCAUCAGCUAUACGCCUCGUGCGAUUGUUGUCGACCGGUUCUCUUCUUUUUUCAAAUAUUCUUCUAAUUUCCGUCUCAGUUUUGCCAAGUCGAAAGAGGUCAUUCAGCCAUCUCAGGCUUCUGAAGCCACUGCCUCAACAGCGUCAGAUUUUCUAUUCCGAGUUACCUAAGCCAUGUUUUGUUCAGGACAAAGUUUCUGUCCAAUAUCGAGAGACCAGUUACUUUUCUGGAGUCGCAUACCGGCAGCUCUUGUGAAUCGACACUUUCUCCGUCCUACUUGGACUCUACGGAGUUCGGAGGAGCGACCCACGGCUCAGACUUCGACCAUCGCGUCUACAGUAACCCGAUGGCGAGCAUCGAUGUCAGUGACGAAGCUAGGUAAUAUUCCGAACUUUCAGUCAUUUUCAAUCAGCUCUUGACUAAUGAGUCAAUCAAUUUGAAAAUAAAGAGUUGAUUCGAAAGAACGUUGAACAAUAAGCUCAAAUAAAGAAAAGAAAGAAGCCAAAAUUGUAGGCCUUCGCCCCGUUAUGCAACUGAUUUGGCCGAAGAGGUUCUGCAACGGCGUCGACAGCUGCGACUUCUGGUUGAAGAAGAAACUCUAUUUUCAUUCCAAAAGUUUCAGACAGUUUCUCCUCCUGACGGCGCCGAACUUUCCAGCGACUACGAAAGUGUCGCCGAAGAGCCCGAGAUCGACGUAGUUUCUUUGUGAUGUUCUUUUUUGUCGUUUUGAUGUGUCUUAUUUUUGUCCUUUUCUGUUAACAAUCAUAAUCUUUUUUUAAUUCUAUCUAUUGAAUGAAUUCCCUCUCUAUAUUUGUUGCUUGAAAGACGAACCAACUCAAAAUUCAAAAUAAUGCUUUUUUUUCAAAAUUUUACAAAGGAAUAUAAAUACUAACGGGCAAGUCGCGUCAUUUUCGCAAAUGGCAUGAGUCUUGGCGAGGAAAAAGAAUUAAUUUCCGAAGGUUUUUUUGUAUUUUUUUGAAACAAUCGGCUACUAUUUUUGGCAAACUUAGAAACUAUUUGCUUCGAAAAAGAAAAAUUAAAGGAUUUUUGAACAAUAGAACCGCAGAGAUUUUUUUUUUUGGAGUUCAUAGAGCUCGCUGGAUUUUUUGAAGGAAGCGAUCUUAUAAUAUAAUUCAAUGAUCAAAAAAACCUAUCAUAUAUUUAUAACUUUUUCCCUAUACAUUUCAAAGUCCUCAUAAACGCAGAAUUGGUAACUUCCAAAGAAAAAGGUCACCCCUUGAAAAAGUGAGAUGUGCAUAACGCCAAUGUGGCAAAAGAAAAAAGGAACUUCUGAAGACAGCUCAGGCGUGGCGCGAAGCACGAACAUCCAAGAUUAACGGGGUCGUGCAAGCGGUGAAACAGACAUACACACACAAACACACAGAAAACGUUAAUUAGGCGCUUUCGAAGUUGCGUUUUUGGCUGUUGUUUGCGCUGGUCGGCGCGCUUUUCCUCCACCACCCUAAUCUCGUUGUUGUGUCCAGCCCAGAACACAGAACCGCUGUCCGAGCGACGACCAUGAGCGUGUUGCGGCUGCUCCAGCUCCCGCUGCUGCUGCUGCUGCUCAACAGACCGACGUCAGCCCUCGACUUCCGACCUCAGGCACUUCGGACCAUCGACCACAGCUCUCCAUUGAACGUCUUCUCGCCUCCGCCGGCCUCCAGCUUCGAAUUCACCUCCAACCCCUACGAGCAGCUCGGCGUUGGCCCUUCUUCGACUUCCAGUCCUGCUCCGCCGAAUCCUUUAUUUGUUUACUCAAGUACUGCGGCUCCGAAUGUAUUUUAUUCCUAUUCGAGUUUUUCCCCUUCAACUUUCGAGGUGUGAUCUUCAUUUUUUUUUUUUAAUAAGAAGAUUAGGCGAUGUUCCAGAAACUAUUUAAAAAGGUUUUUUGUACACAGUUUGAUAGCAAAAUGCGUCUAUUCUCUGGAUCGGUUCAUUUUUUCAAAGUUGAAGCCGAAAUGGUAACAAGAAUUACUUGAAUGUUUUUGAUCUUCCCUUUUUUUUAUUUUAAAAUGAUUUUUUUUUUAAAUAUCCAUGGUGAGUGAAAUACUGAAAAGUUUCCCUGAUUCCGGAAAAUUUGGUUCAAGUCAUUUCGAGUUUCUCAGAACCUGUGCUCCUUUGAAUAUCCACAAGAAGUUUUUUUAAAAAUACUUUAAAAUAUGAAAAAGCAGCUAGUAUCUGGAAAAAUUUGGAUUCAAGGAAAAAAUUCAGACGCCGCCCUGGACGUUGCCAACGGCCUCUCCUAACGUCUUCUACUCUUACUCCUCGUCCAAGGCUCCCGAACCGCCAAAUCCAAUAGUUUCCUUCCCUUUGGCCGAGCUUUAUAAACCAGCACCAGUGCCGAAAAUUCCUCCCACCACUACAAAUCCACCUUUCAUCAACUCAUUCACCACACAUGUGAGCCAAAAAUCUUUACGAGAAAAAAGUUUUUGAGAAAACGACGUCAACGCCCGUCCUCUGGACAACUACUCCUUCUUCGUCGACAACAGAGAAAAACUCGGCGAAAAUGAGUCGGUUGUCAGUUCGGUGAGAUAAGUUCAUUUGGGCUUCGCUGACCAGAACAAACUGGAAUUGGCCCGUCGUCGUUAUUUUCCUUGCGAGAAAAGCAAACAGGAUUACUUCCAUACGAACGCUUGAUCAUUUUCAUGUUUCGUUUGUCAAGCGGUUUGCGGGAAAGUUACACAAAAUCAUGAAAAAAUGUUUCGAUAUAAUUCAACUAGUUUGCCUAUACACUGAGAAAUUUAAAUUUUUUGAAAACAAGGUGCAGUUUUUUCCUGAAAUAUUAGAUUCACGUUCGCGAUUUUCCUUCUGUGAUGAAACUUUGAGCGCAAUGAAUUUCUGACUGAUGUGAGGUGUGACCAGAAAAUAGUUUCGCCGCUCAAAGUUCUUAUUUCUGGGUGUUUCAGACCGACGAAGAAGACCAACGGAGUCGAAGCGGCACAAGUGUCGGUUCUGAGCCAUCGACUGCUCAACGACAUUCUCGUGAUUCCUUCAGCUCGACGGCUUUAUGUCCUCGCUAUCCUGCCCAUCCACGAGUCCACCAACCACCAGGUCUCCUUUUUCCGUUUCCUCCGCGGAAACCCGAGAUCCGAUUGUUCUUGCUCUGAAUAGCUUUCGCGGACAAACACGAAUCAAUUCGAGUAAACUCAGAGAUUCGAAUGCGGCAACGUCGACGUGAACGCCUUCAUCCCGUCUGGCGGCGUUCCUCGACGCAAUCCAGAACGUUUGGCCAUCAUGAGAAUUCACUCUCGACAGUGAAGAUUUGAGGUGAACUCGGCGCAAAACCUCAAGGAAACUGGACUCAACAUCGGCGCCGUUGUCGUCGACACAUGCUCCAGCGACCUCCGAACUGUCGCCGACCUCUAUGAACUUCUAUCCGGUACCAAUAUCCAUCGGUGAGGCUGGCUGCUGUUCGCAUCGCAGUUUUGAAAAGAGAACAGCUUCUAGAACUUAAUAAAUUAGUUCAAUUAAUAAAUAGUCUUUUAAUAGUUUCUGGAACAAAGUUAAGUUCAAAUAGACAUUCUUUUUUGUUUUUGAAUGUGAAAUCGUUUAGAAAAGAAAGAUCAUUUUAGUGAUAAGUUUCAGAAUUUGCCAAUAUAAAAGGACCGAUGGUAACCUGUGCAAACUUUUGAUAUUUGAGAUGAGAAUUUCCAAAUUUCGCUUUUUUCACAAGGGAAGAGGUCCUAGUUUUUUGCACUUUAAAAAAUUAAUAUCUCCCAAACGGAAAGUUUGCACAGGUAGCGACUAUGAGCGAUUUAUUAUAGAUUUUCAAAGAAUGUUUUUUGAGCAAUCAUCCAAAGGCCGUGUUUAGAAUUUUCUUAGAUUAAGCUAUGACUAGACCAAAUUCAGGGAAACUUGACGAGCAAUAGAAAACUUUAAUAUUGGCGAGAGAAACCAAAAAAUUUUGAGAGGGUGCAAAAAGAUCGCAAAUUGAAAUUGCAAUAUAUAUUUGAGAAAGAGCUUAGGAAACAUUUUUGUUGUAUUGUAUCUCUUCUUACGAAGUCUGUUAUAAAAAACAGAAUAGGAAAUUUCCGGAAGAGAGAGAGGGAUUCAGGAAUGAUUUGAUAGCGAUAGUGCGAGACGACGCCUCGCACAUGCCGAACGUGGAGCAGCUGGCACGUCAUCUACGGCUACCUGUCCUCAACACCUUCUUCACGAGCACACCGCAGCCCUUCACCACAGGAACCAUGCCUUCGAUGUCUGCGCCCCUGGAGGCGAUGAUCGCCCUCCUCCACCACACGCACAGCUCCUGCGUCUCUCUCCUUCACGACGAGCUCCAUGAAGAGUUUCCACCUAUUUUUUCCUGAUGAACACAACUUUUCCUUAAGAUCAGCCCGUUCUUUCCUCGAAAUGGCUUCCAAAACGAGUAUAUGCGUAGAACAGAAAAUAUCGUUGAAGUCUGGUGGUAAAGCUGUAGCAGAGUCUGGGAUUCGACGGUAAACACUACGAAAAAGCUGAGCCAAAAUCCGUUUUCUGAAAAACUUUGAAAACUUGAGAAUCAAUACAAGUUCUGAAGAUGAAAUUAGAAAAUUGAAAAAACUUUAGUAUGAAAAAUUUCGACAUGACCGACGAAACACUAAGAGCGGUUUCCUUUUCUUACAAAAGAAAUUUCUCAAUAUAUCUUGGUUCUUUGGGAAAAAAAUGAGAUGAAAAAUGAAAACUUUCGGGAAAUUCAAAACAGAAUGAAAUAAAGGGAAAAGGAUAUGAUAUAUUGCAGGCUUCUACUGACGCAAGCCCGUGUAGUGAUUGUAUUACUCGGCGAGUCGACCUGGAUCGACAUGAUGAAGGCUUUCCGGAGCGAAAUGGUGAAAAAGGCUCGGAGAUGUAGAGGAAAAGACCCAUUUGCAGGUGAUAGCCGGCAGAUUCAUACUGAUUGCCGCGCAAGACCCAAGGUGGUCGACGUCGAAGCAUUUCACCGAGGCUUGGCCUCAGUUCGACCAACUUCUUCUAACAGUUACAAAUUAUCCUGAAAAUGUGUGAAGGUGAAAAUGUGUGAGCUGUAGGUGGCACCAGAAAAGUCCCAUCAAGAAUCUGAGCUUCUUCGACUCGCUACUAAAAUGCCGCAACUGGCAUUCCCUCAACACUGGCUCAGACAAUUCUGGAGCACGGCUUUUAAGUGUCAUAUCGAGGGAGAUGAAGUCGGCGCCGCACAGCAGUUCUCCAAGUGAGCCGUCCAAGUCUUGCAAUAUCUGUAGCUUCGUCAGGGAGUGCUCCUCGAAACAGCUGCUGAACAUGACGAGUGUAAGUCCAGACAUCGACAUCGCUCCAAUAACACUGGCUGUACACGCCAUCGCUUAUUCCCUAAGAAGCCUAGUCGACAACCUUUGUCCAGGUAUUAAUUAGGCUCAAAACCAUGAAGAAGAACAAUUCCUAGGCGCUCUUGUUAUGUCCCUAAAUGAUUGUGUCAACGAUCCUCUUGAGCCAAUGUUCCAGUCCAUUUUGGCGCUCAAUUUCUACCACAUUCUUUCAGAACGAGGUCUCGGAUAGUGAAGGUAAAAUAACUGCUCCAAAUUUUGCAGGAGUGUCGUUCAAUGUGUCAACGGGUUAUCGGGACAUUCCGAUGCUGGUCAAUCGGGUGCUGGUCGACUCGCAGCUCGAGUUUGAAACUGUGGCUCGUUGGGACACCAUUUCUGGUUUUGAAUACACCGCUGACGCGCCGUUGAUCAUGGAGGAGCGAGAUGGAGCUCGCGCAUCACUUAUCUCAACCUGUCCGAAGUAAGUUUCUUGUAGUUGGGGAUUUCAAAUGAAUAAAUUCAUACGAGCUCUUUCUAUGAACAUGACCUUUUAAAAAUGUUCAGAAUUUCUCGAAUAUGUGUAUUGCCUUUUUGGGAUCUACUAUCCUCUUCAAAUUUUUCAGUUCAAUCCCAAAGUUUAAAAAAAAUUCAACAAACGUUAAAUUAGUCGUUUCAACGAAUGUUUAAUUUUCAAACUUCAAGUUCUCGAAUUCUCUUAUCAAAGAUAUUGGCAAAGCUAGUGAAAGAUCUAUUAAUGAUCAAUUGUAAAGAAGAUUGUUCUGUUAGUCUAACUGAACCAAAUUCCAGGUCAAAGUGCGCCUUCGAAUUGGAGAAACGUGCUCAAUCAGGCCAGAAGCCCAUGUUUCAAACGGCUCUCCGUGACGUUCGGCUUCUGAUAUUUGCGAUCUCGUCAGGUUCGCGAGACAUCUUCUGAGGUUUCACUCAGUUCUUCUUUGAGUUGUGGCGUUCUUCGUCUGUCUGAUGUGCAUGUACCAGAAAGUCGUGAGUUCCAAUGAACAAUACCGCGUCUGCACGGCGUUCAUGUUCACUGGACUCGCGAUGCUGUGUCUCGCCUCGGCUUCUUUUGUCAUGCCUCCCAACGCCAUCUCCUGCUCUGUCCGCAAAGUUUUCUUUCCCAUCGCCCUGGCUUCUGUCUGCUCUCCUCUACUGACCAAGGUUUGUCAAGGAUGAGAAUGAAAAAAAAAACGAAGAAAUUCCAGACUUUGUGCAUUUGGAGGAUGACCAUGACUUCGAAUGCAAAGCGUGUCCGACCGACGACCAUGUUCAGCAUCUGCAUGGCCCUCGUUCUUCUCCAAGCUGGUUAGCUGGUCCGAUUCAUAGUCGUUUAACCUGAACCUUCAGUCAUUUCUUUUGAAUGGGCCUUUUUCACAUCUGCCACUGACGUCAUUUUCGUAUCAACCACACACGGAAACUCCUGGAGAUGUUCUCAAGGAGAUUCUGUAGGUUUAUCCUCCUUUCCCUUCAUUCAAGAGAUAUUCAGUUCGAAACAGCCGUUCUUUACUCCUGUUUCUUGUCGGCUCUUUUCGUCUUUUCCUCAUUUAUCUGUUCGAUGCUGUCAUUGCGCAGCGUCCACAGCCGACAGAACCUUUUGAUAUCCGUGGGAAAAAGCAAGACUUCAAACUGAUCGGACUCAGACUUGCAGAUAAUCGCUAUUCUUCUUGCCAUCGGCCUUUACGUCAGCCUGCCAUUAUUGUCAUAUGCAGCUAGAGACUCUCUCCUCGCUGCCAGUGCGUUUGAACUGUUGUACUCGAAGAAUCAGCGACAGUUUUGAAAGAAAAGAACCAAUAUUUUCUUAAAAUAUUACCUCUGCUGUAAACUAACUGCGAAAAACUUUUCAGCCCUACUGCUAUUUUCUUUCCUCACUCUCGUCACAUCGUACUGUAGACAGGCAUUCUCAAGAUCCAACGACUCCUCGAUGGGGUCGUUGAUCGACAAGAGCACAAUGCAGAAGUCUGACAAGGUGAGUGAGAGUGGAGGAGAGUGAGAGCCUGAAGAAUUGCAGGAAGACCACUGGCUGGACCACGUGGUAAUGUCGCCUCGGGAGCAGUACACUCUCAAAAGCAGCUUCCAUCAAGCCUCAACGCUGCCGCACACCCUCAGCACGAAGACACGUAUUUAUGUUGGCUGACGUCAAGACCGAUGGAGAUUCAGGAAGUCACGACGGUCCGAACACGUCGACCUUGCCAGGAGGCGUCCCUGCUCGGCGCAACACCAUCCAGCGCUCUUCUCACUACGGCGUCGAAGCAUAUGGUUAGCUGUUUUCGACCCUUCUAUCGCUUGCGUUUUUGCACAUGCUGGUCUCUUUCUUCAUCUUCGAAUGCCUUAGAUUUUUAACAUAGAUGAUUGAAAACUUAUAGAAGAAGAACCAACUAAAGUUUCCGCAAAAGAGAAAUUCAGAAAUGCCACCAACCUCGCCACAUGAAUUACCGUCAAAUCUUAGCCUUUACGGAAAAAUGGAAUUCGGUGAGCUUUAAUAAAAAUCAAUAAACUCAACGUUUUUUCACAGAAAACGAGUCACACCACGCACACUUAUAG